AUGAGAAAAAGAACUCGCCGAGGUAGAGGUAGAGGAAGGCGUGCAGCUGCUUCUUCUGUGGAGAUACUUCCAGGAUCUGAUGUGAACUCCUUUGCGACAACGAUGCCUGGGUUUAGCCAGGAUAUGGAGAUGGAUGAAGAUGGGGAAAUAGUUGUAGAGCUGACACAAGACCGAGAGAAACCGUCUGACGUUCCGGUAAAUCCGUGUACGAUCGAGUCUCCAUUGGAUGUCAACAGUCGAUCCAACACUGGAUUUGUGAUGUCUCCUGCUCCUAGCCCGCCCUCUAACGCCAACAGCAACGCUGGGACCACUGUUAGUACUAGCAGCAGUAGCAGUGUAGAUGGCGAUGCGGCUUCUGAUGUCGGUGACAACGAGCUAAUGCAUUCCGGCUUCAUGCAGACAGGCCCGAGCAACUACCGAAUUGGAAGUACUAUCGUCAACCUCAACAACUGCUCUGACGACGACGUCACUCCGGAAUUCCGCCAGAACGACAUCUGUCUUCAGGUGGAGUGCGGGGACAACAAGGGGCUCAUGUACAUGUCCAAGCUCUACCAAGGCAGCAAGGGCAAAUGCAUCGAGCUUGGAGGGAAAUGGUUUACUCCCAACGAGUUCCAAGCAGUCUCUGGAAGAGAAUCCGCCAAGGACUGGAAGAGGUCGAUCCGGCACCACGGGCGCAGUCUGAAGCUGUUACUGAGCAAGAACGUUCUGGAUGUCCACCCUGCCGCCUGCAGGUGUGACUCCUGCAGCCAGUUACAGCAGCUG